AGCUCCGAGACGUAUCCUGAUUGGUCCAUUUCCAAGAAUCCGCCAUAUUCAAACUUCCGCCGUGCUGUGUCUUCUGUUGUCAUCGAUCUUCUGUUUUCUUUCCACGGGAAAUGGAAGAAAACGAAGAAUUUAGCGGAAGCACGACGGAAAACAAAAGACACAAACUUCGCAGGGUGUCAUCGAGGACGUCUACGACCAGUAUGAUCAGCGCUGCGGAGCCCUCGCCUCAAACCUUACGGAGAAACAGCUCUAAGAAGCACGUAGCUGCGAAAAGACCACCACUGCAGAGAGGCAGCUCCUUCACCUUCCUCACUCCUGGGACUCCGUGGGAUUUCAGCCUAAAAAGAAAGCGCAAAGAGAAGGAGGAUGAUACCGUCAGCCUGUCCAGCUUCGACCUCAAGGAACCCAGUAACAAGCGUGUCAGAUCACUUGCCAAAGUUUCAUCCCUCGUCAACUUGAUAUCUCCUUCAAAGAAUGGAGCAGUGCGGCGCUUUGGUCAGACCAUCCAGUCAAUGUCAUCACGUGAUACCAAGUCACCAGGGAUGUCCCUCAAAGCUGGUAGCAAAGCUUCAGGUCCAACCCCCACGAAACGGAGAAACAGCACGCUGUGGUCGGAGACGCUGGACGUCCAUCAGAAGAGCACGUUCUCAACAAAAGAGAUCAAGAGACAAGAGGCAAUUUAUGAACUGUACAGGGGAGAGCAGGACCUCAUCGAAGAUCUUCAACUUGCCCGAAAGGCGUACCACGAUCCGAUGCUAAAGCUUUCCAUCAUGACAGAGGAGGAGCUGGCUCACAUCUUUGGCGACUUGGAUGCAUAUAUCCCUCUACACGAAGAGUUAUUGGUGAAGCUGACGGAGGGAACUGGCUCUGAUGGAACAGUAGCACAGAUCGGGCAGAUAGUGAUAGAUUGGCUGCCCCGUCUGAAUGCCUACAAAAACUACUGCAGCAACCAGCUUGCCGCCAAAGCCCUGCUGGACCAGAAAAAGCAGGACAGGCGGGUGCAGGAUUUCCUGCAGCGCUGUUUGGAGUCACCCUUCAGCAGGAAGUUGGACCUCUGGAGCUUCCUUGACAUCCCUCGUUCACGUCUGGUAAAAUACCCGCUGCUGCUGCGAGAGAUCCUCAGACACACUCCUCCCGAUCACCCAGACGUGACCAGUCUGGAGACAGCAAUCACUAUAAUCCAGGAGAUCCUGUCUGAUAUCAACGUGAGAAAGGGGGAGUCUGAGUGCCAGUAUUACAUUGACAAACUGGAGUUUCUGGACGAUAAGCAGCGGGACCCCCUCAUAGAUAAGUGUAAGACACUUCUGUGUCACGGCGAGCUGAGGAACAAGAGCGGCUCGAGGCUGCACGUGUUCCUCUUCUCUGAGCUGCUCGUUCUGACUCGGCCGGUGACGCGCAACGAGAGGAGCUGCUUCCAGGUGUAUCGGCAGCCCAUCCCUGUUCGAGACUUGGCCAUGGAGGACCUGCAGGAUGGAGAGAUCCGCAUGGGCGGGUCCUUCAGAGGGGCUUUCACCAAUGGAGAGAAAGCUAAGAAUGUUUUCCGCGUGAGCUCUCUGGAUCCUUCUCACGGCCAGACCCACACACUGCAUGUGAGUGACGUCUACCACAAGCAGCAGUGGCUCAACUGCCUCCGAACCGCCAUGUCCCAACAGCAGGGGGCUCCAGCUAGAGUUCAGCGGGGGGAAACCAUCCCAGCAAAAAGCCACUCCUUUGUGUCCUCAACCACAGUCUGUGACGAAGAGGAAAAUGAGAACUGUCCUCCUCCUGUCUCUGGCCCCAAACUGAGGCCUCAGACGCUCUCCAAAACCAGACUGGACCAGAAGUUACAGGGAUCACUGAAGAGGAAGGAAACUGGAGUGUAGCUAUUUAGAGGGUUCCUCUUACAUGUAUUUGACGUGUGUUCUGUUUAGUCACAUUUUUUUUAUCCAUCUGCACUGAAAAGGCUUCUCCAAUCAUCACCGUCCAAAUGUUAAUCCAACUGUAGCCCUUAAAAAUGUGUAAUUAGUUUACAAAAAAAAAAAAAAGCGUGCUAUUUGCA